GUCUCAGUCUCGUCGGUUUGCUCAUUGCUUGGUCAGCUUUUUUUCUUCCCGGCAAAAUCGGUUGCUUUUCGGUCUUCCUCAAGUAACAACACAUCGUCUCGCUGUAACCUUCAAACGCUUUCUGCUCAACUCCUCCAAAACAGGGCUUUCUGUUGAAAAACAUAGGAAAUUUUCCCUCAUUUUUCUUUUUCGGUUUCUUUCCUUUCAAGUUUUUGUCUUCUUUUACUUUUAUUUUUAUUCCCGCACGAAUCCGCGUGUGGUUCCGUGAUCCUUCCGGGGGGUGCUUUGCUUGGUCCAUUUUGAUUUGGUCCCAAGAUUCAUUCAAGGGCAAAGCGUCGGCUCGUUUUUCCUGAGAGGAGCGUUCCUUAAAUAUUGAACAAAGCAGAGUAAGAUUGAGUUUUCUUCAAGGUUUAGUAAAAUAGCGAAACAGAGAGAAGGUCGUCGUCAUUGUAUUUGUAUACAUAAAAUUUUGCAGGAGGCACAACAUUGCCGGCAAAGUCACUGUCCGUGGAAACAAAGAGAGAGAGAGAGAGAGAGAGAAGCUGAAAGCACGAUUGAGUUUUAGCGGAAAAACUUGGCUUCCAAAAGUCAAAAGCCACCUCUGUUCGUGGGAGUGAUUCGCAUUUCGAUUCUAUUUCCCUCUCUCUUCUUUUUUCCUCCCCCAUUAAAUUUUCUGGUUACAUUUCUUUCUCUCUCUUCGCUCCCAUUUUCGUUUAUUGUUCUCUGAGAUUCCGGGCGGGGAGAGAUUCUGAAACUCCCCCCUUCCCUCCAUCCUCCAUUUUCAUCCUCUCUGUUUCUCUCUCUCUCUCAAUCACCAUGAUUUUCGAUAAGGUCUCAACGCAAUCUAACCUUGACUGCUUCCUGCGGUGUAUCACCCCCGUGGUUCAAUCCCAAUCCCUACCCAAGUCGGAGAUUAGAAAGCUGAAUCGUUUAUGGCAUCCAUGGGAGAGAGAAACAGUAGAAUACUUGAGGCUGGGUGAUCUCUGGAAUCGCUACGACGAAUGGAGUGCGUACGGUGCCGGAGUUCCCAUCGCCUUAAACAAUGGCGAGACCCUUGUCCAGUAUUACGUCCCUUACCUCUCCGCUAUUCAGAUUUUCACCAGCAACAGAUUCAGGGGGGAGGCAGAAUCCGGGGAGUGUGAGACGAGGGAUUCUUGCAGUGAUUGUUACAGCGAGGAGAGUGAGACUGAUAAGUUAUGGAGGUGCGAUGGUUCCUCGUCGUCUGAAGAAGCAGGAUUUGAGCAAGACAGUCUCUGGCAUCUGAAUGACAGAUUGGGUCAUCUCUAUUUCCAGUAUUUUGAAAGAUCCACUCCAUAUGGCAGAGUUCCUCUCAUGGAUAAGAUCAGAGGUUUUGCUGAGAGAUACCCUGGCUUGAUGUCAUUAAGAAGCGUAGAUCUCUCUCCGGCCAGUUGGAUGGCGGUUGCCUGGUAUCCGAUAUAUCACAUUCCAAUGGGAAGGACAAUCAAAGAUCUAUCCACGUGCUUCCUCACUUACCACACACUUUCUUCUUCUUUUCAAGAUAUGGACAUAGAGGAUGACAUAGAAGGAGGGCGAGUGAAGAGGAAAGAAGGGGAAGGAAUGUCUCUGCCACCAUUUGGGCUGGCAACCUACAAAAUGCAAGGCAAUGUGUGGGUGUCUGGCAAUAAUGGGAGGGACCAACAGAGGCUUCUCUCGCUCUUGAGCGUCGCAGAUUCAUGGCUGAAGCAACUCAGAGUCCAGCAUCACGACUUCAAUUACUUCAUGGGCAUUCGCCAUUCCUGAAAGAACAUAUAUAUAUAUAUGUCUAUAUAUAUGCCUCUUGGAAAUCACAUGACAACUAAAGACGCCACCUUCUAGGACAUGCAUGGUUUUACGUUGUCCUUGAAUGCACUAAUCGAGCUUUUGCUUUCUUCUUUUUCGCCAUUAGAGGCACAGAGGGAGAGAGAGCGUGUGUGUGAGAGGAAUGAGGAUUUGUAGUCUAAUGGUUUAACAUUGGAGAGUUCAAUUUAGGUUAGAUUUUGAUGAAACGACCCUCUUGGACAACAUACAGCCUCUGUUCCAAGAGGUCUGGUUUGUAGAGAUGCUGAUUGUGUAAUUGAUGUUGAUCUGAACGAGAUAAGAGAGAGAAAAAAAAGAAAAGAAAGUUACAUAUCUGUUUGAAAUUA